CGCCGACUUGAGUACGAGCGAAGAGUAAUUGUGUGCGCGCGCGCGAUAGAGAAGAGAGUUAAAGAGUUAGAAGGGAGAUAAGAGAGAGGAGAGGCCCAGAUAGCGCGCGCAUAUAUUAUCGGUUGCAUGCGUGUGGAAGUGGUAUAAGUGUAUAUGUAUAUUGUUGCGAACUCGAUCGUCCGGUGUAGGAAAAGAAAAAGUGUGCGACGAAGAAAAGAAGAGACGAAACCAAAACCAACAAGGAAGAUUAUCAUCAAGAGAGCAAACAGCCAAUAUUGCGAAGAUGGAUCUACGCGACGUACUAAAUGGACCAGACGGAGGCGCAUUGAAAAAACAGCAACCUCAACAACCAUCUUUACAAACAUCUUUACAGACAUCACCGUCUGUUAUAUCGACUCCGAACCCGAUCUCGAAUUCGAACUCGAACUCGAACUCAGUCGCGCCCUCGACACCAGCUCGAGCUAGUCCACAUCCUCAGUCGUUUAGAGACUACGGCCACUCGACUCGCGCCUCACCAGGCCAACAUCCCCACGAAUAUCCUCCCCCCGGCCCUCCUCAUCUUCCAAGUCGUACUCCGAGUUCUGCUGGCCCGUACCAAUCCCCAACCUCAUUUAACCCCCCGACGAACGCGUUUGCCAGUAGGCCACCUGUUCCUCCGCUCCAGCCACCGGGCUCUCACGAUUUACGGUCACCGGGAAGCGCUUCAAUAUCGGCACCGUCACCCUAUCGACGAACACCUACCUCGUCUGUUAGUGCCGUAAGCGGAGGUUAUCCGUUCCCUCCAACGCAGCAGCCACCCGUGAGCCCUGUGCAAAGACACCAAUACGGCCCACCGAGUGCUAGCGCUGGUCCGGGUGUUGGUCCGAGUGCACCUGUGGGUGCUUAUUCUCGUGAUAGUUACAACAAUCCCCAACCACAACACGGUUCCAUUUCUUACGCACACAGCCAGCAACAAGCGCAACCACCGCCACAAACACCUCCUGUAGGUACGCCCGGUGGUAGUUCUCAAUAUUUGCAUCAAAGAUCCCAUUCGAUCCAAUCCACUCCUACGCCCACGUCUGCGCAUAGCCAAUCGGCUCCAUAUGGGCCCCCUUAUAUUCAAGGCAGUCCUGUUGCGACUAUACAUCCUCAUCCGCUUCUCAUUGACCAACAACAACAACAACAGCAACAACAACAACAAACCCAGCACCAACGUCAACCAUCUCAACCUCUAACACCUCUUGGGCAACCAUUGCCUCCGCGACUAUCGCCUGCCGUAAGUUAUAAGCAGCCUCCCAGUCCGUACCAAAAAAGGGCCUCUACUGUUUCUGCUGCCUACCCUCCUCAGCCGGUGCAGACGUCGCCUAAACCGCCGCCUCCGGCUCCUAUCCAGCGAAUGCCAAGUGGCAGCAGUCACAGCACUUACGACGUUGUUGCCGAACACCGCGGGUCACAGUCUCGGAGUGAACGUGAUAGAAGCGUCAGUGUCUCACCUAAAACACGUGUUCCUAGUCUACCCAGCAACGGUGGCCAUCGCCCUUCCUCUACUAGCAGCGACGUAAAUCCUUACAAUCCCCAACGUCCUCCACAAGCUCCUAUCGUUAAUAACAUGAUGGAACCCCAACACGUCGGCACUCCUGCGAAGCGAAAACUGGAGCAUAGAGACCUCGGACCCGACGAGCUUGAGAACGGCCGGAAGGCUCCGCCGCCUCCUCAGCUAAAUGGUAACCGUGCUGUCUCGCUAGCUGCUGCGGUGCAGCCGUCAGUACCGCCGAUGACACCACACCGAAAACGUGUCCGACACGACAGGCCGCCGAUCUGGGCGCAGAGUGGUAGAGACCCCGAUCAACCCAAAGUAACGAGUCGUAAUUUUGCUCUGAAACAAUACAUUCGCCAACAGACCAACGCACCCGGGCUAGCCAACGGAAACAAUCAACACGAUGUCGGCGGACAUGUGAAGUCAGAUCAUAUUUCUCGACACGCCUCACCCGAAACAGUACGAUCUGUAGCUGGGGUUAAGGCAGAAGAGCCUACCCCUGCGGUUGCUAAGGACCCCUUUACAUUCAAUGGCCAGCCGUUCCCGUGGGAGCCUAGCAUUGGGAACGAGACACCAAAGAAUAUUGUAUGUCGCGAGGUUGCUGACUUUUUAGGCAUCAACGUGCUUCAAUUCCCCCAUCUCGAAGAAAUCCAUAGCCGGGGCGCGGUGUUCGAGAUCGAAGCUAAGCUCGGUACUAUCAUCGACAAGAUGACCAAUGACCGCAUCUACUAUCCCGGAACAAGGGCCGGCGAGUGUGUGCUAGACAGUACCAGGGUUGCAUUUCGUAGCUCCAUGACCGAGAACCAGCAUCGCGAGCUCAAUGAAUUCUUGAACGAGCAGGUGAAGGCCUCUUUCCCUCGUAGCCAUGCUGCAGCCUCUCGCGUACAAGUACAUUACGUACAUCGCCGAGAGGUUGAUCGAUUUUACGAACUCGCGCCCCAUAUGCGUCAACGUGUUCCAGCCUGCAUUUCUGGCCUGCUGCAGCAAGGCGCGCCUAUAAAAGCUCGCGUCACCACCCACGAACAGAAUGCCAACAAUGUUUUAGCCAAGAUCGUCAAGGCUCGAAUUGCCGAUUUAAACAUACAUUUCCCUCACUUACCCCUAGAUUGCCGCAUAAGUAUCAAUCUAGAAUGGGACUGGGACGGCCCGGUCGAAGAGAUCGAGCGCGGCCAGAACCCCAACAAGGAGCGACCCCCGGACCGUAUUAAGGAUCGACUCAGUUAUAAGCACGGUUUCUACCAGGUCGAUUUGACGCAGGUGAAGCAGGGACCCGCGACAUCGGGUAGCCAACCCUGCCAAGCACCUGCUGGUGCUGCAAAGGAGCACGAGCUCGAGGUGGAAUUAGAGGCGCGUCAUCUAAUUGAGCAUGGACGUAUGCUCAUGCAAAGGAAACCGAAUAGAUACGAAGAUCUAGUCGACGGCCUCGUUAAUAACGUACGUCUCUUAGCGCGACGGUGUCCACCGCCGCAUCAUCAUAAUCAAUCUUAGCUACGUCGGAAGGGACUUGUGCAUAAACGCCUCUUAGUUGGGAAUGAGGCAUGUCCACCAUUAGCUACCUUUUACAUAACUUGCAAGUUGGAAGUGGUCGUUCUAUUCUACUUUGUCUAUUUUCUAAGGCUAGUAGGAAAUGCUCUAGGCUACGCGAAUGCAUUCUCGUUUCCCUUUUUUUCAGAACAUGAUACCAAUUCAAGGUUGGGCAUCGGGGAUCAG